AUGUCAAACCUUGCCAAGCUUGAAUUUAUAGCCCUUGAUAUUGCCGGAAAGAAUUAUUUAUCAUGGGUGUUAGAUGCUGAAAUACACCUAGAUGCUAAAGGGCUUGGUGAAACAAUCAAAGAGCCUAAUAAGACAACAUCUCAAGAUAAGGCUAAAGCCAUGAUAUUCCUUCUCCAUCAUCUACAUGAAGGGCUCAAAAAUAAAUAUUUAACUGUGAAAGACCCACAAAUUCUUUGGAGUAAUCUAAAGGAGAGACACAAUAUAGAAAAAGGAUUAACCAAAUAUUCUGAAUUAAAAUCUUGCCUUCUUGUGGCUAAGCAAAAUAACGAGCUAUUAAUGAAAAAUCAUGAAUUACGUCCUGUUGGCUCUACUCCAUUCCCUGAAGCGAAUGUGACAACCCAUCACGGGAAAGAAAAUAUAAACAGAGACCAUUCCAGCAGUAGUGGUCGAGGUAGAGGUCGCGGUCGCGGUCGUGGCCAAUGGCGCGGUUGUGGUCGUGGGCAUGGAUAUGGUAGAGGUCGUGGAUUUCACUUUAAAAACUCACAUUCUCACCAAAAGUGGGAACGUAGGGAUGAUAAAGUUAAUAAAGAGAGAAGUGGGACUGAUAUAUGUUACCGUUGUGGAGUGAAAGGACAUUGGUCUCGGAAAGUUGAGGCAAACCUUGUUCUUGAAGAUGGUAAUGAUGAUUUUGAUUUUGGCAAUACAACUCAUUUAGAAGUUGCCGAUUUUCUUAUUUCUCCGAAAGAGAAUAAUAUUGAUUUUGGCAAUACAACUCAUUUAGAAGUUGCUGAUUUCUUCACUACUCCAUAA